UGGAGUGCAGAUGAUGACGUUUGACAGUGAAGUGGAGCUCAUGAAGGUGGCACGAUGCCAUGACAAUGCCAAACUGGUUCUCCGUAUCGCCACUGACGACUCCAAGGCCGUGUGCAGGUUAAGUGUGAAGUUUGGCGCCACGUUAAAGUGCAGUCGGCUGUUGCUGGAGAGGGCGAAGGAGCUCGGACUGGACGUGAUUGGAGUCAGUUUCCAUGUGGGCAGCGGUUGCACUGAUCCGGAGACGUACAGCCAGGCAAUCUCAGAUGCGCGCUAUGUUUUUGACAUGGGGGCGGAGCUGGGAUAUAACAUGACCCUGCUUGAUAUUGGUGGAGGCUUUCCAGGCUCGGAAAACACCAAACUGAAAUUUGAAGAGAUCGCUGCUGUGAUUAACCCUGCACUAGAUAAAUAUUUCCCUGUUGACUGCGGCGUGAGGAUCAUUGCUGAACCUGGCCGCUAUUAUAUAGCGUCUGCUUACACGCUGGCUGUCAGCAUCAUUGCCAAAAAGGUCAUCAUGAAGGAGCAAUCGUCCUCAGACGAAGAAGAGGAUUGGGCCAAUGACAGAACCCUGAUGUACUACGUGAACGAUGGUGUUUAUGGUUCCUUCAACUGCAUUCUGUAUGACCAUGCGCAUGUCCUGCCAACUCUGCACAAGGUACGGAAAUGA